AUGCAGGGUGUGCAAGGAGGCGGCAUGCAGAUGCAAGGCGGCGGGCAGUACGGACAAGGCGGGUUUGGCGGCGGCGGCGGAGGAGGGCCCGGAGGUGGGCCAGGGGGUGGCCCCGUGCGGCCCCCGCACAUGAUGAACUCCAUGAUGGGCCCGCAGAUCGGGCCACCGGUCCAGGGCGGCGGGCCUCAGGGCGGCAUGAUGCCCAACAAUAACAUGAUGAUGCCUGGUGGCGCCGGAAAUGCUCCGCACUCGCAUCCGCACAUGAUGUCUGGGCCCAUGAUGUCGGGGCCCAACAUGAACAUGAAUAUGAACAUGAACAUGAAUAUGAACAUGGCUGGCCCUAUGAACUCCGGCGGAGCGGGUGGCGGAGGUCCACAGCAAGGGAUGUACGGUGCCCGCGUAAACGCGGCCCCGUACCCAAACCCGCAGUACCUGGCCCAAAAGCGACAAGCGGCCCACGGUGCACACGGGCCCUACCCGUCCCCGACACCCAAUUACAACCCGGGCAUGGGACCUAGCAUGACCCCGCCUCAAGGAAUCCCGAGGUCAGGUGGCUGGCCCGUGAAUGAACUGAGGCGAGUGCGUGUGGGAGCGGCACGGGGUUAUUUUCGAGUUGUCGAGAAUGCCGAAUUAAAAGCUGGGCGUCGAACCCUGGCGCCGGAUGCGAGAACCCGACUCAGCACCCCGAGAUUGUUCGCAUUGGCACCGACUGCACCCGGCUCCGGAAUGUUUCGCUUUAUUCCAGGACUGGAUGUGUGA